CGCACGCGCGGUGCGGAUGCUCGCGCCGCCGUUCGCGCCGCCGGGAGCGGCGCGGCUCCAUGGGGAGAACAUGGCUCCCUUCCCCGAGGAGGUGGACGUGUUCUCCGCCCCGCACUGGCGCAUGAAGCAGCUCGUGGGGCUCUACUGCGACAAGCUUUCCAAGACCAACUUCUCCAACAACAAUGAUUUUCGGGCUCUGCUGCAAUCUCUUUAUGCUACAUUCAAGGAAUUUAAGAUGCAUGAGCAGAUUGAAAAUGAGUGUAUCAUUGGUUUGCUUCAGCAGCGUAGCCGGACAGUGUACAAUGUGCACUCGGACAACAAACUCUCAGAGAUGCUUAGCCUUUUUGAGAAAGGGCUAAAGAAUGUAAAGAAUGAAUAUGAACAGCUAAACUAUGCGAAGCAGCUGAAGGAGAGAUUGGAAGCCUUUACCAGGGAUUUCCUUCCUCAUAUGAAAGAGGAAGAGGAGGUUUUUCAGCCAAUGUUGAUGGAAUACUUCACUUAUGAAGAGCUGAAAGAUAUUAAGAAGAAAGUAAUUGCACAGCACUGCUCGCAGAAAGAGGCUGCAGAAUUCAGAGGUCUCAGUAAGUGGAAUCAAACAGAAGAGCUUCAGAAGGUCUUUAAGUAUUCUGUGGAUGAGAAGGCAGAUCAAGAAACCGAAGUAACAGGGCACACCACAAAUAUUACUAAUCUCCCUCCUGAAGUAAUGGUGACCAUUUUCAGUUACCUUAACCCCCAAGAGUUAUGUCAGUGUAGUCAAGUAAGCACUGAAUGGUCACAGUUGGCUAAAACUGGAUCUCUGUGGAAACAUCUUUACCCUGUUCGCUGGGCCAGAGGUGAUUGGUAUAGUGGUCCUGCAGCAGAUACUGAGACUGAACCUGAUGAGGAAUGGGUGAAAAACAGAAAAGAUGAAAGUCGUGCUUUCCAGGAAUGGGAUGAAGAUGCUGACAUAGAUGAAUCUGAAGAAGCAGCUGAAGAUUCACUUGCCAUUAAUAUAGCACAAAUGGAAAAACGUUUACUUCAUGGCCUAAUUCAUCAUGUCCUCCCGCUUGUAGGCUCCUCAGUGAAGACACUGGUAUUGGCCUACAGUUCUGCAGUGUCCAGCAAAAUGGUUAGACAGAUCUUGGAGCUUUGCCCCAACUUGGAAUAUUUGGAUCUCACUCAAACUGAUAUUUCAGACUCUGUAUUUGAAAGUUGGUCUACAGUUGGGUAUUGUCAAAAUCUACGCCACCUUGAUCUGUCUGGAUGUGAAAAAAUUACAGAUGUGGCUAUAGAGAGGAUUUCCAGAGCACUGGGUAUCAUAUCAACUCAUCAUACCAGAGGCAUUCUGAAAAGCUGCAGGAACAGGAACUCUAAGACUUUGUGGAAAAACAGAGAGAUUACUCUGCAGUCCAACCAGAAGUAUAAUGGUUUGCAUGAAAUCAGCAAUGAAAAUCUCAUUCAGGGAGGAAAUGGUGAGCAGCACUGGACUAAACCUGACAGCUCAGAAAACUUCAGUUCUGCUUAUGUGUGGAUGCUGGAUGCAGAUGAUUUAGCUGACAUUGAAGAUGCUGCAGAGUGGAGACACAGGAAUGUUGAAGGAUUUUGUCUUAUGGAGCCAACAUCCCACAUUAGUUGUUCUGCAUUGUGCUACAAUAGAGACAUUUAUGGAUUAAGGACUAGAGGGUGGCAGCAGCACUGUGCUUCUACUGACUUGAUUUACUGCGGUCACUCGUUUUGUUGUGCUGGGACAGCACUAAGAACUAUUCGAGCACUUCCAGAGUCCUCUGCACUGUGUAGAAAACCAAUAAGGACUAAGCAGUCAGAGAAAAAAGACUCUGCAUACUCUGGGAGUGAAAAAACAGAGGAAGAGACUGCACGAGUUCUUCAGUUUCUCAGUCUGUCAGGCUGUUACCAGAUAACAGACCGUGCUCUCAGGGCAUUGACUCUGGGAGGAGGACUGCCACAUUUGGAGCACCUGAACCUCUCGGGGUGUCUCACUGUAACUGGUGCAGGCCUGCAGGAGUUGGUUUCUGCAUGCCCCUCUCUAAAAGAUGAACACUUUUACUACUGUGACAACAUUAACGCAGCAGCCAAAAAAGCCACCAAUGUUACCAUCGUCAGGGUGGUGAGAACAAGAUAGAGGGUGCUGUGCAUGGUCCUGGAAGCCUUGGGGCACUCACAUGUGGAGCACUACAUGAUGGGCUUGGUCUCCCCAUCCUGAGGAGAGUAUACACUGGAGUUAAAGAAGAUACAGAAGAGGUCUUCUAAAAAGUUAGGGAACUGAACACUCAAAAGGCUGGAUGUUUCAAUCUGGGAAUGAGAUGGCUGAAAAGGGGGCAUGACCGUUACAGAAUUGGGAAAGCAGUAGAUGAGGUGAAUGUGCAGUGGUAGUUCUCCAAAUUUUGCAGUGUUAGAGCACAGGAGCACUGGGUGAAUUUUACACAGAUGCAGUGUAGUGAACUUUUGGAACUUGGUCCUGUGGAGAAUUGUGGAAGGAGGUUUAAAAAGAGGUUAAAAACCCUUAUGCACAACUGAACCAUAAACAAGUACUGAAGGAAAUGGACUUCAGUGUCCCUGAUGCAACAGUUAGGGUUGUUGGAAAAGCACAAAAGGUGUGCAUGAUAGGCUUAUAUCAUGUCCCUAGACACCAUUUGCUCUUGCUAGUGGUGGAGGUAGCAUUAGAUGGAGCAUUGGUCAGACCUAGAAGUUGGUGUGUUCCAGUUAGAAGCAUGAGGAAUAACAAAAUGAGCAAGGAAAGGAUGGAAAACAAUAUUAAAUUAAACUUAGAAUUCCCUUCGUUGGGAUCUUGUGGUUCUGUAUGUUUUGUCAACAAGCAUUUUGCUAGAAAUGUGACAGUUGCUUCAGAAUCACUGCUGUGCUGUGUAGCUGUGGCAGUGCUGGGGAAGGUCAGCUACAACUUGGAAAGUGCUGCUGCACAGAACAUGCUCUGCCAAACCAGCUGUUCAGAAGCACCAAGUCUUUCUAAAGGAUGUACAAAGAAGCUUUUAAACUCUAGCUUAUAAGUGACAUGGAGGAUCAAAAUGUAGUUCAGAUGAAUAAAAAGAUGUGAAAAGGAAAAUGGGUUUAUUGACCAGUGAAAAGUUCACUAUACUGUAACUGUAGUCUUUCAUUAGUUUCAGGUUUUAUUCAGUCUCACGUAUCUUAACUUAUUUACAGUGUAGAGUAUUGCUUAUUGGUCUGUGGCAUAAAGUAGGAAGCUGUUUUCAAGAUCCCAGAUUCUUGGAAAUUAAGUGAAUUAUGGCUUUACUGUUGAAGGAGGUAAAUAAAGCCAGAUAUGGCAUGGUGCCCUAGUUCAUUAAAAGAUUUUGUUAGAAUUUCUAAAUACAUUAAAGCCAGCUGAAAUAUUUGUUGAUUUGUUUCUCAUACAAAUGGGGAAAAUUUGUAUUGUCCUGGUUAGGUCUUCACCAGCUUGUUUGAGUUGGCUCAGCAGCCCACUUCCAGUGUUUGUUGGGUGCCAGAGCUCAGCCAGCCUGAGUGUAAAGGGGUCUCAAAGCAGGCAUAUGGCUGCAGGAAAUAAAACCCUGUUUGAAUAAAUACAAUAAUUUCUUAUCUCAUGGUCACUUUUAACAUUUAACAUGAAAGGAGUGAGUGAAGGUAAGUGGAGGUGGGUAGAGUUACAGUGUUGGUUUCUGCUCUCUGUGCUUGCAACUUAUUCUUUUUUCUGAAUGGCUCAUUUUUAGCCUUAUGGCUUUUGACGACUGCAGCAAUGCUAAGGUGAUUCUGUUUAUAGUUUUUGAAUUUCUUGUCAAGAGUAUGUGAGAGUCUGGCCAACCAUGAAGUGUUCAUGGAUGAAAAAAAAUACUUCCAGGCUAAAAAAACUUCAUUACCAUUUCAUUACCACAGACAUAGUUUUGGAGGUUAUGGUUUCUUUGGUAAUGAUCAUCUGAAUCUGAAAAAUGGGAAUUAAAAAUACAUUGUCAAAACCACUCAGUUCUGAAGCUGUGGCAGCUUGUGUAAAGUUGCUCUUUUAGUUUUGCUUAUGGGUACUUCUGUGUAAUUUGGGAUGUGUUAUCUUCAUGGGACUAAGCUGUGAAGCAAAAAUCUCUUGAAAAAUACCUGUUCCGAGUGAGGUUUUUACUCCGCGAUAGUACCGGCAGCAUUUUGGACUUCACGGUACUGAAUGAAGUGUAGUGCAUUGUUAAAAAUGAGAUGUUUUCUGAAUCACCAGUUUAUGAGAGUUAUGAAUCUAAAUGAGUAGCCUUUUCUUCUUUUCACAUUUCUGUUGUUUUUGUGCAGGUCCUCAUGCUGACACCGCCAGUGGAUGCCAGAAUUUGCAGUGUGGUUUUCGGGCCUGCUGCCGCUCUGGCGAGUGACCGCUGACGUCUGACCUUCUACUCCAUUUAGCUGAGCAGGCUUCCUCUCAUGCACUUUACUUACAGCUCGCAUCUUGUGUUAACAAUCCUUGGAGUGAGACUUGUUAUACUAGCCUGACCCUGCCCACAACUUCAGAAUCUUAAUUAUGAGUGUACUGUACAGUGUUGUAACAAUCUCACAACCUCAUUCGGCUUGAAGGGUGUUGGGUUUUAUUUUACAUAAUUUGGGGAAGAUGGGGAAGAUCUUCAAUUUUUUUUUUUUUAAUGCCACUUUAUUCCAAUUUUGGCACUUAACUGUACUUUACUGAAUUAUUUUGUGUUAGGUGACUUUUCUUUUUUAAUUUUGAAUCCAUAAGUACAAUAUAAAUCUCCGCAGAGAAUUUGAAUUUUAGUGUUUGCAUUUGGGUAACAAUUAUACAUCUUUAGGAGUCUGGUUUCUUCCCCUUUCCUCUCAUCCUGAAGUUGUUCUUUUUACUGCAAAAUUAGGGAAAUUGCCACCUUCCUUUUGCAUUUGGUUUUGUAUUUGGGCUUGAAAGACAUAAAUAAAACAUUCCCACCAAUAAAAAAAAAU